AUGUACUUCCUCCUCCAUCCGGCGAUCCUGGGAGUCUUGCUGCUGUUUGCCUCGGCAGCCAUUUGGUGCAGCGGAGUCGCCGUGGCACCCGGCGAGUUGCAGCCACCUCAGGGAGGGCCGCCGCCGUACUGGCUGUCAGACAUCGGCAGUACUUUCAAGCGCGAGUUCGUGCACACGGCGGGCCGGGACGAGUACAAAGCGUACGUGCUGGGCGCCUACACCGACGUCCGCGUGGACGCCGCCCGUCGUUCGGUUCUUGGUGGUGGCCAACGGAGAGGAAAAGAGGCGCCACUUUCCACCCUUCGAGUGCCGCUUCGCUUUCAACGCUAUCGAAGACUCCUCAGAAACGGGCGAUCCAGUGCGCGCGUCGUGGUCUCCCGUAGGACACCGGGGAGGUUUUGAACCCUUGCUCGUCACCUGCCGCCCUCGCAGAAACGGUUCGUUGCCCCAUCAGGUGUCUCUAGUUUACAUGGGCACAGACGGCGGCGGCUGGAUCGUGCCUCGCCAAGUGGAACGAGUCCCGAAGCGAUUCGGCACCAUCGCUCUGUGCGUCACAGUCGGAGACCAGGACGUCGCAGGCCCGAAUCCUAGGAUACUCGCCGAGUUUUUCGCUUUUUACGACGCGGUUGGCGCCACCCGAUACAUUUUUUACGCCAGACGUCCCGGCGCCGGCCUCAACUACCUUUUCGCGCUGCAGCGAAAGUACAGGGAGACCACGAACACCAAGGACAAGCUGCGCGUACAUCUGGACACGGCACAAGAGGACGACGCAGCCGUGACGAGCUGCCUCUACGACCUCGUGACGUCUUCUGUCGAGUACGCACUCGCAGUGACCCCUUGGGACUUCGUCGUUCCUCGGCAAGACACCACUUUGAAGAGGUUCAUCCAGCGCAACCGAGACGUCGGAGCCAUGACCUUCCUGAGGUACUCCUUCGUGGGUCCCCGUCCUGUGUUCGUCGGGAACGAGUCGACCAUGACCUGCCAGUCGAAGGUUUUGAGGAGCUCCCACGCCGAUCCGCCUGGCAUGACGUCGCGUGCGCUCGUCAAGGUCGCGGACGUGGUGCAGAUGGGCGCGCGCGGAGGGUUCAGCCUGCUCAAGUCGGCGAGUGCGCGCGUCGUGGACCCGCGGCUCGUUAGCGUGCACAGCUACGUGGAAGACUCCGAGAUGUCGCCGGACGAGGUACUCGUGUACGACGACCACAUGCUCGUUUACGGUGAUGCCAUGCGCCAGUCCUUGGCCUGGCGGCUGUACGUGGAGCGAUUCGGUGCCUGAUAUAUCGGCGGUGAAGUGCUCAC